GCGCUGCCUGUCAAACAUGGCGCUGUCCUAUUCGAGUCUGUGUAGCAAACUGUCUUUAAUCCGACACUGUGGUCUCGGGACACACGGGAUAACACAUGGUCUUUACUCUCCCUACGUGCUCUGUCACUUCAGGUUGCCCCUGUGCAGACACUAUUCAUCGUCCAAAGUUAGACGAGGCUUUGCUCGCUAUGUCGCCUCCACGCUCCAGCGGGCUAAUACCAAAUACGAAGUUUUCCUCAAAAAGCGAUUUCCCCGCUUUUUUCUGCUCUAUCACACUUUUGUGGAAGGAUUCAAGCUACUGUUCCGAGAUGCCAAAGACAUCAGGAUGAUAAAAGUAAAAAUGUGGUCUGAGGGGGUAAAGUUCCAGGAUUUGCCUUACAGGGACAUGGAGAAACUCAGACAGUUUCGCAGAGACUUGAUCAAGGCCAUCCCGCUGGUGGUCAUAUCCAUUCCUCCCUUUGCCAACUACCUGGUUUUUGUCUUGAUGUACCUUUUCCCCCGUCAGCUCCUGAUUCCUCACUUCUGGACUCCCAGGCAGCAGCUGGAGUUUCGGAGAGUGUACCAUUCCCUCAGAGCUCAGCACCACUCGCCAGUCCUCAAAGAGCUUGAGUACACGAGUCAGCAGGUCAAAAAUGGUCACCUACAGAGACAACUUAAGGAUCUGUGUGCAAAAGUACAGAGUGGAGCAAACCCCAAAGUGUCUGAAAUCCUUGCCGUUCGAAGUCUGUUUUCUAGACCCCCUUUGGGUAUAAAGAGGAUGAGCAUUGAUCACAUGAGACACAUCAGCCCGCUGCUCUUCCUGACCCCCCGGCUCCCUGGUUUCUUGAUUGGUCAACGGCUGAGCAGCCAUGGCCUGGAACUGCUCCAGUUGGACCGUGCCCUCAGCAGGCUGGGUGUCCACCAGCUGAGUGACUCUGAACUCAGACAGGCUUGUUAUGUAAGGGGGCUCAAUGCCGACCUUCUUGGUGUUAACCAGUGUCGUGAGUGGUUGUCCCAGUGGCUUCAGGUGUCCUGCUCAUUGAAAGAGUCAGAGGUGUCGCUGCUUUUGCACAGCAUUGUAUUUCUCUCUGCAAACUACCCAAGUGGUCCCAGCCACCACUGACAGGAAGCGCCGUGCUGUCUGUUGUUCUGUUUUUGCUCUCUUAAGUGCACUGAAAAGCAAAACAUCCCAAGGGGUUUUCAACAGCUUCAUUUUGGAAAGGAAAAAACUUUUUAAAGCUGUUCCUGGCAAGAAUUUUAGAUUUAAGGGAGAGGGGAAAAGAAAAAAAAAAACCUGUAUGAUCAUCUCUACUCAAAUGAUUUACCACAAAAAAGAAGCCUUUGCAUUUGCAGUCAACAGGAUUUAAAAAUGAGAUGAAUCCAUUAUCAUCUAUUAGAGAUGAGUGCUGAAAUUGUGUAAUUUGUAACCUCAGCAGGGUGUUAAAUUAAAUGCACUGAAUUAUAUAAGCUGAUGAUGCUGAGGUAACGUCAUGAUUGUGUAUUGCUCUAUCUGAACCUACAGCUACAGGCAAGUUGUGUUGAGGAUCCUGUUUAAGUUCAGCAGUUUUUGGUUGGUGACACAUUCCAUUCAGAAUAAUUACAUUAAGAUGGGCAUGUUUGUUUUUGCGUUUCACACCAAAUAUGUACUGUAUUUUCUCAUGCCGAUACCUCACUGUACUUUGUACUAUUACUUUAAAUGAUUCUCACCACGACCCAGCGCUGUUGGUGAUGUGUAAUUUCUGUGGCUAGUUUCGAGAGAAGGAAGUGUUGAUCGCAAAUAGCAGUAGACAACAUGAAAGCACCUUAUUAGAGGAACCGUGCAAAGAAAAAAAAGCUUACUGGUGACUCAGCUGUAAAGACAUUUAAGCUUGUUUGUGUGAUGAGAUGCUGAACCUUUUGUACUUGAAUAUUCUCACAAGUUUUUGGUUUUCAGCACACCACAUGUAUGUCUGAAAAGCUGGCACUUUAUUGUUUACCAUUUUCUUGCUUUGGAAGCUUAGAAUGACAUUAACUUCAGCACAACAUUUCUUGCAAGCCUUUCGCCUACUUUCUAGUUACCCCUACAAAGAGGAAAUGCUAAUCGUUCUGUGUUGCUGAUUUGUGCAAAGUGUAAAAUGUAACAUGUCAUUGCUUCCUGUGCCUUCUACAAGAACAUGCACAGUGCGUCUGAAAUACAAGAUGUAAAGGUUGUGUUCUGUUUGUGAAUCUUUUUUUUAUUAUAUUAUUUGCUUUGCAAAUUUUGAAUGCUGUGUUGUGCCAAUAUUAUAUACAAUAUCUUGGAAAUGUGUCUGAAAUAAAUUUCAUGGUGCAUUUA